AUUUUUUUUUUUCUUUUCUUUUCUAUUUAACUUUUUUUUUUCUUUAUAAACUUCAAUAUUUAAAAAAAAUGUCUUUGGCUGACGUCUCUGGUCAGUUCAAUUUCCCCAAGGAAGAAGAGAAAAUCCUCGAGUUCUGGCGUGAAAUCGAUGCUUUCAAUGUGUCUUUAAAGUUGAACGAAAAUAAGAAACCUUUUACCUUCUAUGAUGGACCUCCUUUUGCUACGGGUUUACCUCAUUAUGGCCAUUUACUUGCUGGUACCAUCAAGGAUAUUGUUACUCGAUAUGCUCACAAUACUGGUCAUCAUGUAGAACGUCGUUUUGGUUGGGAUACUCAUGGUUUACCUGUUGAAUAUGAAAUUGACAAAAAGUUGGAUAUCAAGGGUAAAGACGAUGUGAUGAAAAUGGGUAUCGAUAAAUACAAUGCUGAAUGUCGUGCUAUUGUGAUGCGAUAUUCUUCUGAAUGGAGAAAGACUGUGGAACGUAUGGCUCGAUGGAUCGAUUUUGACAAUGAUUAUAAGACUUUGAAUCCUACUUUUAUGGAAAGUGUAUGGUGGGUGUUCAAGCAAUUAUAUGAUAAGGGUCAAGUUUAUCGUGGUAAGAAGGUCAUGCCUUAUUCUACCGCUUGUACAACUCCUUUGUCCAACUUUGAAUCUUCUCAAAAUUAUAAAGAUGUCAAUGAUCCUGCUAUUGUCGUUGGGUUCCCUUUGAUUGAAGAUCCUACUACUCAAUUAUUGGCUUGGACUACUACUCCAUGGACACUUCCUUCUUGUAUGGCCGUGUGUGUACACCCCGACUUUGACUAUAUCAAGAUCAAGGACGAAGCUAGUGGUAACAACUACAUUCUAUUGGAAAAUCGAUUGACUAUGUUGUACAAAGAUCCCAAGAAAGCCAAAUUCACUGUUUUAGAAAAAUACAAGGGCAAGGAUAUGGAUGGAUGGAAGUUUGAACCCAUGUUCCCUUACUUUGUCAAGAACUUUGCUGAACGUGCUUUCAAGGUGGUGGUCGACAAGUAUGUGACUGAUGAUUCUGGUACUGGUAUUGUUCAAAAUGCUCCUGCUUUUGGUGAAGACGAUUACCGUGUUUGUGUUGCCAAUGGUGUGAUCUCUGUUGAUGGUGAACUCCCUUGUCCUAUUGAUGAAAAAGGUUGCUUUACGGCUGAAGUCACGGAUUUUGCUGGAAUGUAUAUUAAGGAUGCUGAUAAGUUGAUUCAAAAGGAUAUCAAACAACGUGGUCGUUUGAUUGUACAAUCCCAAUUCAUGCAUAGUUAUCCUUUCUGCUGGCGUUCCGACACUCCUUUGAUUUAUCGUGCCAUCCCUGCUUGGUUUGUGCGUGUUCAACCUGUGAUUGACAAGAUUUUGGCUUGCAACGAUCAAAUGACUUGGGUACCUGGUUUUGUUCAAGAAAAACGUUUUGCCAACUGGAUUUCUGGUGCUCCUGAUUGGAAUGUAUCUCGAAACCGUUAUUGGGGUACACCUAUUCCUUUAUGGGUCAGCGAUGAUUAUUCUGAAAUUGUGGCUGUGGGUUCGAUCAAGGAAUUGGAAGAAUUGAGUGGUGUCUCACCUAUCACCGACAUUCAUCGUGAAAGUAUUGAUCAUAUCACUAUCGUGUCCAAGAAAACUGGAAAGACUCUUCGUCGUAUUGAAGAAGUAUUUGAUUGUUGGUUUGAAUCUGGAUCCAUGCCUUAUGCUCAACAACAUUACCCCUUUGAAAAUAAGGAAAAGAUUGAUAGUGGUUUCCCUGCUGAUUUCAUCUCUGAAGGUAUUGAUCAAACUCGUGGUUGGUUCUACACUCUUUUGGUGCUUUCUACUCAUUUGUUCAACACACCUCCUGCUAAGAAUGUGAUUGUAAGUGGAUUGGUGUUGGCCGCUGAUGGCAAGAAGAUGAGUAAGCGUUUAAAGAAUUAUCCCGAACCUUCGAUCGUUAUGGACAAGUUUGGCAGUGAUGCUUUACGUCUUUAUUUGAUCAAUUCUCCUGUGGUCCGUGCUGAAACUCUCAAGUUCCGUGAAGAUGGUGUCAAGGAAGUCCUUUCCAAGGUCUUCCUUCCUUGGUACAAUGCUUUCAAAUUCUUUGUGACUCAAACUGCGGUGGUCAAGAAAGAAUUCGGUCUUGAUUUUAUGUAUGAUCAUGACAUUGAAAAGUCUACCAAUGUGAUGGAUCGUUGGAUUCUGGCUAGUUGUCAAUCUUUGAUUAAAUUCAUUCGUGAAGAAAUGGCUGCUUAUCGUUUAUACACUGUGGUACCUCGUCUUUUACAAUUGGUGGAUCAAUUGACUAAUUGGUAUGUCCGAUUCAAUCGAAAGCGUCUCAAGGGUGAAAAUGGUGUUGAAGAUGCCAAACAAGCUUUGAACACUCUAUUUGAAGUUUUAUAUACUUUAUGUAGAACUAUGGCUCCUUUUACUCCUUUCUUGACUGAAAACAUGUAUCAAACCUUGAAAAAGUUCCUUCCAACAGACCAACAUGCAGUGGAUGAUCGUUCCGUUCACUUUUUAGAUUUCCCUACUGUUCGUGAAGAAUACUUUGAUCCUGAAAUUGAACGUUCUGUAGGUCGUAUGCAGGCAGUCAUUGAUUUGGGUCGUACUAUUCGUGAACGCAAGACUAUCUCAUUGAAGACUCCUUUGAAACAACUUGUGGUGAUUCAAAAUGAUCCUCAAUAUCAUGCUGACAUCAAGGCUUUGGAAUCUUAUAUUCUUGAAGAAUUGAAUGUACGUGAAAUUGUAGUGACAGCUGAAGAAUCCAAAUUUGGUGUCAAAUAUCGAGCUGAAGCUGAUCUUAAAGUACUUGGACAAAAACUCAAGAAGGAUGCUAUGAAGGUGAAGAAGGCGCUUCCUGAUUUGACAGAUGCAGAUGUCAAGACAUUUGUUGCCAAUAAAUCCAUGGUUGUUGCUGGUAUUACUGUGACUGAUGAAGAUAUCAAUGUGGUCCGUUACUUUGAUACCAAUUCCGAUGUACAAUAUGAAACCAAUGCUGAUCGUGAAGUACUUGUAUUAUUGGAUGUCAAGUCUUAUCCUGAAUUGGAACAAGAAGGUCUUGCUCGUGAAGUCAUCAACCGUGUCCAACGUUUACGUAAGAAGGCUGGUCUGUUACCCACUGAUGACAUUGAAAUGCAUUAUCGUAUCAAGGAUGAUUCUGCCAAUAUUGAAAUCGUCAUCCAUUCUCAUCCUGCCAUUACCAAGGCUCUUAAAAGAUCGAUCAUCAAUGCUGAAGCUUUGAAGGAAAAUGCCAAUAUCAUCAUUGAAGAAACUCAAGAAGUGAAUGGAACUACUUUUGAUCUUAUCUUUAGCAAAUAGAUUACAUAUAUAUUUAUAUUAUAGUUAGUUAGUUAGUUAGCAUUUUUUUUUCUAUUAUAAGGUUAUGAUUACCUUUUGUAAAUGUGGUUGGAUUCAAAUAAAUUUUGUCCUUUUUUUUU